AGUCAGCGCGCACGGAGGAAGCACCGCUCGUGACUCUCAAGGUAGCGUCAAUGCCUGGGCGAAAGAAUGUGAGGAGCAAGCUGCUGUCCAUGCACCAGGCUCCCUCCCUCCACGCAGCUGAUGAAUCCAAAUGAACGGCCGAUACGGCUUGGCACCAGCGGCGACUCAGGAGUUGCCAGAACGAGGUUGUAAGCGACAACUCCUCAGGGUUGACUCCCGAAGCCUUUUUCUCUUACAGAUGCCACAAGGCAGUGAAUUGUUUUGUAUAAACGGACUGAACUACAAGGCAGCAGUCGGGUACCACCACCGCACCCAGGCAAGACCAACUUUAUCAAAUCCGGGCACGUACUCACGCGCGCGCGGGCGAUGUGCGUGUGCAUGGAUGCAUUCACACGUCACAUGCACGCGGUUGAUUAGGAAGGGCAUCCAAUCAUAAAUAAUGAGCAGCCCGACGGCAAUUUCCCCGAACGUUCCUGCAAAACAAGACAGAGAUCGACACGACACAUCUCGAUGACAUAUUACCGUAGAAAACCGUAAGAGGCGAUGCACUUAACAAGGUGGCUGGGUUAUGGUCCCGUGGUUUAAAAAGGCUCACUGUCGCGGAAAUAUGUUGUUUAUAGAAUAUAUAAAUGCAUCUACGUGAAAACACACCACCACACACGAACUUUGGUACGGUAACACAUGGGUAAUCAAUGUCCCUCUGUCUUCCUUCGGGCCGCCUCCUCUCCAGCCGCAAGUGUGGAAGGCCGCCACCAGCUAGAUUGGCAACAACAGAUAAAGCAACAGCAACACAAACAACAGAACCAAGUACAGUCUCAGAAGAUUCGAGCAGCCAAAGCGACUUCGUGGCUAACGUCAACGCCUUAGAAACGUCUGUGACGUCUUACAAACAGGACUUGGACAGGACUUUGGAGGACACGAACCUGAACGAGACCCAGCGGGAGGAGGCGGUCGAGGAGUUUGGGAACAAAGUCAUCCAAGAGGCAGGAGAGGCACUGGCCCCGAAGGACAUGCCCCAAGCGCUGGGAGGAGAGGACAGCGCCGUUGCCUUCACAAAUCUUCAGGAUAUGGUUAACAAUGCCUCCAUCACCAUCGCGACCUUGUUCACAAAUUACACAAAGAAUUUCACAAAUGGAAACCUACACAUGCAGGUGUCCAGUAAACCCUUGAGUUACUACAGCAAGCCUGAAGCUCGCCGUUUCGACACUCCGUAUUCCGGAACAUCUGUUGAACUUCCUGAGGAGCUCUAUAAAGAUGGCGUGGGCGAAGACGGCUCAGUGAGAGUCGUCAUUGUGUCGUACGAGACCCUUCCUAACAUUAACAACACUAUUCCUCCAGAGCCCGGUGCAGAUUCUAAGGAGGACUUUGCCGUCAAAGAUCAGCUCGGCAGCAAUAUUAUCAGUAUCACCGUGGUUGGAACUGAAGACUGGCGUUCAGUCAAAGGACAACACGUGAGACUGAACUUCAGCCACGUCUACGGAGGCGACCAUUUCACCACAUCGAACCCUCGUUGCGUGUGGUGGGACAAGCGCGGUCUCGCCUGGAACACAACCGGCUGUUUCUCGGGUAUCAACAGCGACAACUUCACCGAAUGCUCCUGUAAUCACAUGACGUCAUUCUCUCUCCUGAUGGAUGUCUGGGGACGUCGGGAGAACCUCAGAAGUAUGGAGGGUCAGGGCUACGAGGCCGCCAGAUGGCUCGGCACCGCGGGUUGCGUCGCCUCCUGGCUCUGCCUCGCCCUCUGCCUCGCCGUCAUCGUCGCCCUAAAGCCCCUUCGCACCACACUCUGCUGGAGGAUCCGCGGCCAGCUGUGCCUGAGUCUCCUGCUGGCGUACUCGCUCGUGCUGGUUUCCACGAGCGUAGGAGGGAAGGGCGCGUGGUGGUGCAAGGCGAUCGGGGCGCUGCUGCACUAUUCCUUGCUCUGCGUGUUCUCGUGGGGCGCCAUCGAGGGGUUCAAUAUGUACCUCAUGUUCGUCAAGGUGUGGCGGACGCAGCGGAGGCUCCUGAGGUACUACCUGGGCGCAGGGUUCGGUUUCCCCGUCGUGGUGGUUGGCUUGACCCUGGCCGUCACGCGGGGCCAAGGGUACCGCACUGAGGGCAUAUGUUGGUUGGCUUCGGGGGCAGUCCUUUGGUCCUUUGUCGGUCCGAUGGUAGUGAUACUGACGAUGAACUUCCUGAUCUUCGUGCUGGUGAUUCGUAUUUUGAUCAGAAAUAUUAAGGAAAGAAAGAGAGCCCUUCGCAAAAGGGACUCGGAUCUGAAAGACAGAUUGUGGGGGUCCACUGUCAUCUUCUUCAACCUUGGAUUUUCGUGGGCCACGGGCGUCCUCCACCUUGUUUUUGAUGCUACCUUCUCUGCCAUUCUCUUCUCCAUUACGGCCUCUUCCCAAGGCGUCUGGAUCUUCGUCUUUGGCAUACUCUUGAACAAGAAGAUCCGGGGAGACAUGAAGCGUCUUCUGAUUCCUGCUAAGGAUGACUAUGGAGUAUCCUUGAAUGUAAUACAAAAUAGUAAACAAGAAACCGAGAAUUAUAAAGUCACAAUAUUUGCUACGAGUACUGAAGAGUGAGGGCAAAAUAUGUUGUCGGGCCUUGCCUUGCGUGCUUGUCUGCCAUUUCUCUCUCUCUCUCCCUCUCUCUACCCCCCUCUCUCUCUCUCUCUCUCCCUCCCUCUCCCCUCCCCCUCUCUCUCUCUCCAUCUAUUGAUCUAUUUGUCUAUUUGCCUAACUAUUUAUCAGUCUAUUCAGUCUAUCUAUCUAUCCAUCUAUUCAUCGCUCUGUCUGUGUGUCUUUUUCUGUUUCUUUCUCUCCCUCCCAUUUUUUACAGUGCGUAUCACUGCGGGUUGUUCUGCUGAUUUAUUUUCUGCAGAUAUAUGUACUGUGUGUACGUGUGUGUGUAUAUAUAUAUAUGUAUAUUUAGAGAGAAAUAGAUAGAUAGAUAGAUAGACAGAUAGACAGAUAUUCAUAUAUAUAUAUGCAUACACACACACACAAAACACACACACACAUAUAUGUGUGUGUGUGUGCUUUCUUCAUGCGGUUUAUAUACCAACGGUUAUCGAUGUCCGUCAUACACUGCACACUAGAAAUUCCACUGCCUCCUAAACAUGACGUCUCAUCCUAUGAGGACUUGCUUAAUGAGUCUCCUCCUCCGCCACCCCCCCCCCCUCCUUCCCCACGAAGAAUGCCAAAUCCUACCAGCUAGCCCCCAGAAGCACACCUUCAUGAUUAUUGUAGAUGAAGUUCCAAGGCCUUCGAUAUUCUCAAGACACAUAUGCAGGCCAGCUAAUAAACAACCAGACCCAGACACCAGGGCAGGUCACCUACAUCUAUUGGAACGUGUACGAGAGAGGAAAGAGAAACAAACAACUCUAUAGAAGGAAGGCACUGCAGCUUCUUCCAAAAUCCAGAAUCUCCCUGCCUAUAAUGAAUUGACUCCGUUGGCUGGAAAAUGGCCAAAUAAACAACACAAACUAGCCAUCAAUAGAUCACGUCAUCUCACAGGGAGGAAAGAGCAGGGGGUCAGGAAGAAAUGCCUUCUGAUCAGUGAGAAGCUGAAAAGGCUCGUUGGAAAGCUGGACGAAGGUGUCAUUAUUGAAGUAGCUUUCUGCAGCCAAAUUGAUGGCCAUCAACACUAUGGCUUAGAAUAGAAUAAAGUCUGUAUACACAUAAUAAUCUCCAAUU